CCUUCACUUCCGGCGUCGCCAAAAUGGCGGACCUGAACAGGCAACUGCAGGAAUACUUGGCUCAGUCCAAAGGCGGCGGCGGCGCCGCCUCUUCCUCUCCGUCCCCGGCGCCUCAGAGCUCCGCGCGGGAGGAAGCGGAGGCGCCUGGUCCGGGCCUCGGAGCCUGGCUCGGCCGGAUUAACCCUUUCCGCGCCCCGGCGACCUGGGCUUCCGAGCCGGACCCUGAGCCGGACCCGUGGCUCCCUCGAGGGCUGUCGCGAUGGCAGCGUCUCCUGGGCAGCGCUCUCUGCCUGCUGCUGGCGGCCCUCUGCUUCGGGCUGGCCGCCCUUUAUGGCUCGCUGCUGCUUCUGCGGAAGUUCGCGCUCCUCUGGUCGCUGGGCUCGGCCUUCGCGCUGGGCGCCGCCGGGUUCCUGCGGGGCCCCAGCCGCCUCCUGGGGGAGCCCGACCGCCGCGGCCUGGCCCUGCUCUACUUGGCCUCGGUGGGAGGCACCCUCUACGCCGCCCUGGGCCUCCGCAGCACCCUCCUCACCACCCUCGGGGCCCUGGUCCAGCUGGCCGCGGGCACCGCCUACCUGCUCGCCUCGGUGCCCGGGGGAGCCGCCGGACUCCGCUUCCUGGGCGGCUUCCUCCGGCGGAAGGUCUCCAAGACGCUCCCCGUGUGAGGCCCAGGGCCAGGGGCUCCAGACCCAAAGGCCACCUGGGCCAAGAUAGUGCUAUGGACCUCACCUGCACUGCCUCCCAAUAAUCUCAAGACGGCCAUGACUACCAGUGGCCCUGUCCCUGCUAACCUCUGUCGCCAUCUCCUGGAUUAUUGGGAUGGGUGGGAAGGACGACAAAGAUGCCAGGUGCCCAGGCGUCAUGUAACGGGAGGCAAACAAUACAGUGCUAUGGACAUCUGCACAAGCCAACAUCAAGACUACCUUGGCCCUUUCCUUGCAAACCUUUGUUAGCGUCUGCUGAAUUAUUGGUGGGAAAUAAACUGAAAUAUAGGUAGGAAGGUCUACAAAGAUGCCAGGUGGCCAGGAAGACCACCAAGGUUACAAGGCAUCAUGUAAUGUAGGGCGAUCAAUAUAGUGCUAUGGACAUCUGCUCAAGACUAUCCAGACUACCAUGGCCUUUCCAUGCAUAUCUUGGUUAGCAUCUACUGAAUUAUUGGGAUGGGUGGGAAGGACUACAGAGAUGCCAGGUGGCCAGGAAAAACACCAAGGAGGCAUCAUGUAAUAAUGUAGGGAUAUCAGACUAGAGCUAUGGACAUCUGCACUAGCCCAUAUAGUAUUGUGCACGUUGGCACUAGCCCAUAUAGUGCUAUCAAUAUAGUGCUAUGGACAUCGGCACAAGCCAGUAUAGUGCUAUCAAGACUGUUAUGGCCCUUUCCAUGCAAAUCUUCUGAAUUAUUGGAAUGAUUAGGAAGCCAGGUGGCCACUGAGACAUCGCAUUGCUCCACCACUGAGCAACCUGAAGACCACCAAGGCCUUAUGUCCAAUUCCAUCUGGUGAAAAGGAUCUCUUUAGUUUUCACAGGCCUGGCUGGACUGGAGAAGAUUGGGAAGGAGCCUGCUGGCCUUCUCUUGAAACAACAUAGUGCACAAGAGACUCUGACUCCUCUGAAGUUAAUUUCCUGUGGAGCAGGAAGCCUUUCUCUAGUUUAUAUUUUCAGUUGGAGUGGACUGAAGGCAAAGCAGCAGCUGGAAAGGAUUUCUAUCUUUGUGCAUUGUUGUUGAGUCUUUGAGAGGAAGCUGAGGAAGGCGCUUGGAUUCAGUUGCAUAUGAAAGAAGUAGAGAAGAUGUAAAAGUUGAACAAAACUGGCGGGAAAUAGAAGAGGACAAUUUGGAUUCAGUUUAUAAAAGUACAGAAGGUGUAAAAGUUGAACACUACACAAAAGCAGCUGCAAUGAGACAGGACAAUUAUUUCUGUAUCUGGCCACAAGUUUUGGGUGGUGGUGAUUCUGGGCCAAAUGCCUUCGGUGCUAUUUCUCCCCCUCCCCCCCCCCCCCUUUCAGGGUUAGCAGCAACUCAACUCUUGGUCUGUCUUUCAGGCUGCUGCACUGAACUGGAUGGGUGACCUUAAGGUUUUUUUCUCUCUUGCCACUCAUCUUUCACUUAAGAGAGCAUCUGGGCAGAACAUAACACUGGUCUUCUAAUAUUUCCCACAUGCCUCUGGUGGAAUAUAUCAAGGGAUUUGUAGAGAUGGUAUUUAAAAAAUCAGUAUUACAGCUUCAGCUACUUAAUGUCCCUAGUGUCAGACAGCAACCGUUUUUAAUGAGGGCCACUUAAUCUGCUACAGGAGGGUGUUGGCAGUGGUGGGCCUUGUCUUUCACUGCCCACUUCUUUCUCUAAACUUCUUUUAAAGGGGGCAGAUCAUCAGUUAAUGUCUUGACAGCAUUUUCACAGCCAGAGCAGGAUCUCAUCUAUUUAAAAUUUCAAACUAUUGUGACUUAUUUCCAUUCAGCCUAGCAUUUUUACAUUCCUGGUUGCUGUGUAUUCUAUUGCCUUAUUGAACAUCAGCAUUAAAACAAUAUAUUUUGUUUUUUCGAGAACAGAAGGCUGACUUCUCACCUAAAACUUCUUAUUUAAGCAAACACUUUUAUGCUUGACAAUAUUCAAACUGUCUCAGUCUGGAUAAUGCACAUUAUAGACACAGAAUCUAAUUCUUCCAUGAUGGAUUAUGCUUUCAUGUUGACUUGGGAAAAUCAUUAACCAUAUGAAGAAGCUGUGCCUGAAGAUAUUAAAGUCCUUUGGUUCAUGUGAUUGUCCCUGGAAAUUACAGACACAAAUUCUGUUAUAACUUGUGCAUACAUGGUCAUUGUCUAAGCCAAGAAUGAGCGUGUAUAGAUUAUAAUCUUAGCUCCCAUCACCCCUGGCCAGCAUAGCUAACAAUGAGGGAUUUUGAGAGUUACAAUCCAAAAAUGAGGUCCACAAUUACUCAGCCUUUAUCCAGGUGUUGCUCUGAACUCCAUUAGACUGAAAUAUGUGCUGCAAUUUAGCAACAUUAAUGUGCUGUGUGGUGAAAGCAGAGUCGCUUAGAUACCUUAAAUAUAUCAAUCAUCACAGGUUGUUUCUUUGGCAUUCCAGUGAAAACACAUUCAUUUCACUUUUUAGCCAUUUAAAUUUGAGACAGCUAUAAACAUUAUGUUAGCAUCGAAUCUUGCAGAUAGCCAGCUAGUACCCUUGAACCUCACCUUUAAAGUAGCCUCAUUCUUCAUCAUUGCUUAUUGUGUCAUUUGAAAUCAGUGAAUUUAGCUGUGGAAAGUGAUUUAGAUGGAUGUGUAACAAAUUAGCAGUUGUUUAAAGGGAUACAGCUCCCAGAGAACAUUUUGACAGUUUAAAUUUAAAUACAAUUUUCUUUAGAACUUCUAGCUGUUUGCAUGUAAUUAUUCUUAUGUGCAAACAACUUCAAGUUCAAAAGUCUGCCUUUGAAACACUGUAUUGCAUUUCUUAUUCUUUGCAAAUAGUUGAACUUGGAGAACCACAAGUUCCCCACUCCUGCUUUAAGAUGUGGGUCACAGACCAGGUGGCAUAUUUGUAUUUCAGUUAUCCAGCACCUGUGAUUUAGGGUAUAAUGUCUGAAGCAAGCAAGUUCUGAAUCAAAAUGGUACUAAGUAUUAUAUUGCAUAGCAAAGACUGAGCAGUUUUAAAACUGGAAUUUAAAAUAAUCUUAAAUUAGUUUAACAUUUACAAAGCACAAUUUAAUUACUGUAACAUUGUAAUCCUCUCUAUUCAGAAGUUAGAAGGCUUACUUCAAAAAAUGUGACUACAGCUGAAAUGUAUGAAAAAUUAUUUUUCUAUAUACUGUAGAUAUAGUCAGGCAACUGAAGCAUAUUGUUUUGUCCUUAAAAUGUAACUUGGCAUUUGAAAGAAAAUGUUACACUUGGUUUGUGAAAAUUUCCUUUGAACUCCCUUCAGUCUUAAUUGGGAGUAUUUAUAGAACUAACUUGAUGUCAUAUUCAGAAAUAAAACUGAUUUUUAUUAACAUUUAAAACCUCAGGAUAGAUCACCAUUCCUUUACGCUAAGAACACUGCCAAAUGGAUUAUUAUGCCUAUUGCAUUCUAAUGUAUGAGGGGAUAAAUUUAUUUUUCUAUGAUUUACAAUACUGGGGCUUCAUCAAGUGAUUUUUUAAAAAUGUACUUUGACUAAAGUUAACUUUAAAACCUUGCAACAUUGUGGCCUUUUUAAUGAAAUACAGAUCAUUUUAAAAAGAUGAUUGGACUUAAAUCUGAUCCUGAUUAAAUGAAGUCUGGGGAAGAUAUCCAGUCAUUUUAA